AUGCAGCUCCGACUGCUCGGCCUGCACACUUUGGCCCCCUCGUCUAGCACGCCAAUCAUGCAGAUCUUUGUCAAGACCCUCACUGGCAAGACCAUCACGCUCGAGGUCGAGUCGUCGGACACGAUCGACAACGUCAAGGCCAAGAUCCAGGACAAGGAGGGCAUCCCUCCGGACCAGCAGCGCCUCAUUUUCGCCGGCAAGCAGCUCGAAGACGGGCGGACGCUGAGCGACUACAACAUCCAGAAGGAGUCGACGCUCCACCUCGUCCUCCGCCUGCGCGGCGGCGCAAAGAAGCGCUGCCAGAACGGCGCGGGCACCGAGGCCCAGUGCAAGGAUGCCGCCAUCAACCUCGUCGGCGAGUGCCCGCACUGCUCGCUCAAGUUUUGCGGCAAGCACCGCCUCCCCGAGAGCCACUCGUGCGCCAAGCAGGAGCAGGUCCGCAACGCCGCCUUUGCCGCCAACAAGGCCAAGCUCGAGAGCGAGCGCACCCACGCCACCCGCGGCCUUGCGCAUUAG